CAUUACUACUACAAUUUUCUUGUCCUUUCCCCUUCCCAUCAUCAUCACCAAACAAUCAACACCUUCUCAACUACCUCUGCUGCUUCCUACAGACCUGUGUCCUGUUUGUUGUCCACUGCAUCUAACUCGUCCUCCUUCCUCAACGCUGCAUCUGGACCAACCAGGCCAUACGCCGUCAUGAGGCUGUUUAAGGCCCUCGUCUCCGUCGCCCUCGUGGCUGACGCUGCGCUUGCCAGCACUUGGUUCUCCAAGGCUGCUUACAACAAAUGGCAUGAGACUGAGCUCGAGCGGUGGCUCUCCGACCACGAUAUCCCCUAUCCCACCCCCGCCGACCGCAAGGAUCUUGAGAAGCUCAUCCAGAAGAACUGGGACGGCUAUGUCAUCUCUCCUUACAAAAACUGGGAUACCCCCCAGCUCACAAGCUACCUUCAACAGAAGGGCGUCGACGUCCAGGACUCCGCGAAGGCAAACAAAGACGCGCUCGUGGGCCAGGUUCACGGUCUCUGGUAUGAGACCGAUGACAAGGCAUCGGACGCGUACGCGAGCGUUAAGGAUUGGAUCUUGGAUACCUGGACCGAGAGCCAGCUGAAAGCCUUCUGCGACCACAAUGGAAUUCCUGUCCCUCAACCCCGCAAGCGUGAUACCAUUCUCUCCAAGGCCCGAAGCAGCUAUGAUACCGUUGCCCAGAAGCUUGGAGAGGCAACCAGCUACCCUGGCAACUGGCUGUACGAGACCUGGACUGAAUCCGACCUCAAGGAAUGGCUCGACACACAUGGUGUCCCUGCCCCUCAGCCCAGCACUCGCGACAAACUCAUUGCCAGCGUCCGUCGCAACUCCCGCCUGGCUUACCUCAAGUCCCAAGAGCAGCUCAGCAGUGCCACUGCCAGCGCGCAGUCAGCGUACUCGACUCUCACUGAUAUGGUCAUCGAUGCAUGGAGCGAGUCGCAGUUGAAGGAAUUCUGCGACAAGAACAGCAUUCCCGUCCCUCAAGGCACCAAGCUUGAUGAGAUCCGUGCUCUCGUCCGCAAGCACAGGGCUGACUUCCUCGGUGAUACUGUCUCUGGCACCGCCGCCUCUGCGUUUGGAGCCGCCACCUCUAAGGUUGGAGACCAGUAUGCGAAGACCUCGAGUGAUGCCUCGUUGGCUGCACAUGAUGCCUUCAACAAGGCUGUGGACACUUGGUCCGAAAGCCGUCUCAAGUCGUAUCUGGAUGCCCGCGGUGUCCCUGUACCCCAAGCGUCCAAGACUGACGAGCUCCGCGCUCUGGUUCGCAAGAACGCCCACAAGGCGGCGACCGGUUGGAGCUCAUGGUCAUUUGACGACUACUCCAUUGAGAACCUGAAGGACUAUCUCCAGAAGAAUGGUGAUGCUGCCGCCAAGAAGACCGCCGACAAGGCGGGUGCCACUCGUGAUGAGCUCGUCAGCGCCGCACAGUCCGCCUAUACAUCGGCCUCGUCUGCAGGCGGUACCCACUACGCCUCCGUCACGAGCUACCUUAGCAAGGCAACGGACUCGGCCAAGUCCAGUGCCUUUGACACGUGGAGCGAGAGUGAUCUCAAGAGUUACCUCGACAGCUACGGAGUGGCCGUUCCCCAAGGAUCGACCAUCGACCAGCUGCGGGCCUAUGCUCGUAAGCAGUCCACCUACUGGCGGUACGGUACCAACUCUCCGUCCGAGACGCUCUUUGCCAAGAUCAGCGAGACUGUGCGAGGCACCUGGCAGUGGGUCGCUGACCAGUUCAAUGCCGGUGCCGAUGCCGCGCAGAAGACUGCUGGUGAUGCCAAGGAAAAGGUCAAACAGGAGCUGUAAAUGAAUUUACACCUCUCGCGCUGCGAGCUGAGCUGGAAGGCUAAGUUGGCCGACCGUGCAGGACGCAGCAAGACCGUAACGUGAGCUGCAGGUGGAAGCAGCUAUGUCUGUGUUUUUAUGGAUUCGCGUGGAAAGGACAUCAAUUUCUUCUUUGCCUUUUAUUGCCUUUUGAAACAGCACCGGGCCGUGGCACUUGAUAUUUUGCUGGUGGAUGGCGACACAACGGAUAUGGACUUUAUGAACUUGAUACCGUCGCGCAAACGUAGGGGUCUAUGCUGCCUGCCUUGCGUUGCAUUUUUCGUACUGGGCUCGGGCACACCAAAAUGCAUGAAUUCAUAGUCAUUAAUGCGAUUGACGUUUACCCGUCUUG